UGCCAGUCUGCGUACCUCAGAGUGGAGACGAGCUCUAUUUCUAAGGCUAUCAUGACGUAGAGCCGCCGCCGGUACAGCACGCACUGUACGCGACAAAACAAAACACCUUGGUUGGGUACAACUAACGGUUUGCUUACUUUCAUGUGAAAAGGAAUAUCAAAAGCUGAAUGAAGAAAAUCAAUAGCAAGCGAUAAACAAAACCACGAGUCUGCAGCGCUAACCGAAAAUAAACAUGUCGGUGAUGGGAGAGCGAACCGUAGUGCUUUGCUGUAUAGAACUUACAGAGGCUGAAUGAAUAACCAUGGCAACAGCAGCAGCAGUAGAAGCGGUGAGCUGCUUAUAGCACUGAGCAGGAACACUGUAGCUGUGCAUCCGCAGACCCAUCAUAACGUACUUGCAGGUAGACUAAAGCAUUUACCAAAGGACUGUAAGUGACCGACAAAGUGGACAACGUUGAGUAGAGGGUCGCACCGGAUCAGUGUUGAAGGUGAUGACCUGGAAGGGAUCAUGUCUGAGGUACAGGGGACUGUGGAAUUUUCCGUGGAGUUUCACAAGUUCCACAAUGUCGAUCUCUUCCAGCGAGGGUUCUAUCAGGUCCGCGCUGGAUUGAAGGUCUCCCCUCGUGUGCCACACAGAUUGAUUGUGACAACAGCAGGAAAUACAGGCGAAUCCAGCUUUAGUUCUCCUGGUGUCCACGAUGGCAGCCUUUUCAGCAGGAUAUUUCAGAUCCUGUACCGGAACGAGGAGAUAGCGAUGAACGACUCGAUGAACUUCAAGGUUCACUUGCUGCUCGAUGGAGAGAGAGUCGAAGAAGCCCUGAGUGAAGUGGAUUUUCAGCUAAAGCUGGACCUGCACUUCACCGACAGCGAACAGCAGCUGAGCGAGAUCACCACGGUCCCGCUGAUAAGCAGUCGAACGCUGGGCCUCCACUUCCACCCCCGGCGGGGGCUGCACCACCACGUCCCCGUCAUGUUUGACUACUUCCACCUCUCUGUCAUCUCUGUCUCCAUCCAUGCCUCACUGGUCGCCUUACAUCAGCCAUUGAUCAGCUUCACUCGUUCAGGGAAGGGUUCCUGGCUGGGAAAAGGUUCCCCAGAGAAUGGAACCGAUCCAUCUGCCAUGUCGAUAGAAAACCUGAUGUUCGGAGGUGGAUACUGCAAGCCUGUUAUCACAGAGGGUAGCUUCUAUGUCCCGUCUGAAAACUGCCUGCAGAGGGCGCACAUGUGGCACCGGAGACUCUGUCGCCUCCUGCUGGCAGCACACAGAGGCCUACGCACAUACUACGUAAUGCUGAUGAAGGAGAUCCCAGAGCUUACACAGGUGGAGAUAGAUGAGCUGCCAAUCGAGGAGAUGCUAAAUGAGCUGUCAAUUGAGCUACAGCUGCAGAGCGGCCAGGAGAAGGUGGCGGAGCAGAUCAGCAGAGACCUGACCCAGCUGUGCGCUCAGCUCUCCUCCCUGUGGGCCCAGUUCCUGGAGGCGGCGGUGCUGCGGGCCGAGGUCCUGUCCUACCUGGCUCAGGAGCACCACACCCUAAGGGUCAGGCGGUUUUCAGAAGCUUACUUUUUCACAGAACAUGCCAAAGAUUCAUCUUUGACUUUUCAGGAAGAACUGAUUACCAGACAUGGGCAGAUCGCUCAGGAGGUCCGCAAUUCGGACUACCUGACCGGGAUGCCACCCCUGCCCGUUGAGUGCCUAGAUAUUGAUGGGGACUGGAGUAGUCUCCCUAUCAUCUUUGAGGACAGAUAUGUUGAGUUCCCUUAUGCGGGUCAGAAUUCAGAUAGCAUAUCAUCAUGUGUGUCACAUGUGCCAACUCCCCCUGCCCUCACCAGUGAAAACCCUUCCUCUGGUUCACCUGCCACUGCUGCCAACACUACCACUGUGGGGCACCCACAGGACUCGCACUCACUAGCAAUAAACCAGGGUCUGCCCAUGGCUGAAGACUGUACAGACCUGCCUACUUAUGUCUCUUUAAUAAGAGAGCAAGGGGAAAGCAAUAAUCGCUGUGGGGACGUUGACCCGUCUGAGGAUACGAACGAUUCUCACGGUGAGGAUUCUGAAGAAGAAAACCCCACAGAGCCCAGCAUAGCUGAGUCUGAGGAAAGCUGUAGCACGGGUGUGAAAUACAUCGAAGUCAUGCCCAGCAGCUCCGACCCUUACAGGGGAGACGUUGUGCGGAUAGUGUCUUCAAACAGCGACCUGGAUGCCGACUUUCACAGCUCUGAUGCUGAAGGCUCACCUCGUCUUCGCGAUUCAGAGAAGAACCAAUCAGAGAGCAACGGAGCAAAGGUCCAUGGGAGCGACAUGGGGACGAGCAGGGAUGGUGUUACGCGUGGGGAGAUUUCGACGGACUGCGGAAACGAGGACAUCCUGCUGACCAGUCUGUCCACCUCUGACUACUCUUCGCUGGAACAGCAGACGGGCGUGCGCGCGGGAGCCAUCUCUCGCCGGGAGGACCUCUUCCUCCGGGCCGAGCGCGGGCACAGCGGCGGUCGAGGAGGCCUCAAAGCCAUAAAGAGGUCCUCCUCGGUCAUCUCAGACUCGGGCAUCGAGAGCGAGCCCAGCUCGGCGGCUUGGCCAGAGGUACGAUCCCGGCCGCUGGACUUCUCCAGCGAGCGGGACAUCCUGCAGAACCUGGUGAGGAGGCAUGCGGCCCACCGCAACUCCCUGGAGGGCUUCCAGAUGGAGAGUAACGCCAGCUUGCCCAGCGGGAUCCAGGCCUCCCUCACCUCCAUCAGCUCCCUGCCCUACGAGGAGGAGGACCAGGAGGUGGAGCUCAGCAAGCUCACCAAGUCUGUUUCUGCCCCCCAGAUCAGCAGCCCAGAGGACACAGAGGAAGACCAGGAGCCUGCUAACCAAGACCCAGACACAGGGAGCGAGGGAACCAGUGGCUCAGAGCAGGAUGAGGUCUGUGCUGAUAGCAAGCACUUUGAUCCAUGCAAAGGGACAAAUUCUCCUGUGGACGACACAAUGGACAGUGCCAUGUUUGAUUGGGGAACACCUCCAGUCAUGCCAGAAACUAUGCCCUCCAUGGAGGACAAUGAUAGUUCAAAAGUUCCAGAUGACCCUGGGAAACCAGACCUUCCAGAGACUAUAGACAUUGAGGGCGUAAAAUCAGUUUUAAGUAGAGUACCAGAAGUAUUACUAUUUCAGCAGUAUGUUAAGGAACAAGGUUUUGAGGACUCUGCCUUUUCCAGACCUGUUGAGAGUACAUCUGACAGUCACAACAGUAGUGUGGAGGAACUGGAAGGUCCGGAGCAAUUUGAACUGGAUGUGGAUGCUUGCGUCUGUGAAACUCCUUUCUGCGAGCACAAAAAAUGCCUGAUCAGUAAAAACAUGGGAGGAUUUGGUAUUGAUUCAGUCAAUGAGGAUGACCAAAGUUUCCAUCAAAUUCAGCUGGAUGACAAGGAGCAACGGCUGUUGGAUCAAUUGCAACCACCAAUCCAACUGCUGGACUCUGCACAAGAAGAUGGCGGUUGCCAGGUUGGUGGUCUGGCUCAGGGAAAAGAGCACACUCUCUUUGAGGCUGAAGGCAAACCGACAAAGAUGGCCACUUCAGGCCUGGCGUUUGUGAACAAAAAGGUGGUGGAGGUGGUGAACCUGUCGGUGUCCUGUGCUCCCACGUGCCUGCCUUUCUCCUCUGCUCUCCGGGACUCUCCCUCUGUCACGGGAAUCUCCACCCGUCCAGCUACGUCCCCCAUCACCAGGCAGCCGCUGGGUUCUUUUGGGCUCACCGCCUCUUCGUCCUUCUGCUCUGAUGAUGAGACCAAUGAGAGAAUGCUCAAUUUCUACAAGAUGAAAGAGGAGCUGAUGGUCCACCUCAGCUUUCAGGCCUCGCUGUACAGCAGUCUUCCUCAGCUGGCCUCCGACCUGCCCUACUUCCUGCCCGAGGAGGACGAGGAGGAGUUUGACGACGGGAUCCACCUGGUGGUCUGCGUACAUGGCCUUGAUGGAAACAGUGCAGAUUUACGGCUGGUGAAAACCUUCAUUGAGUUGGGACUACCCGGAUCUAGACUGGACUUUCUCAUGUCUGAGCGAAAUCAGACUGACACCUUUGCAGAUUUUGACACAAUGACAGACAGACUGCUCGACGAAAUCAUCCAGCACAUCCAGCUCUACAACCUGACCAUAGGUAGAAUAAGUUUCAUUGGACACUCCCUGGGGAAUGUCAUCAUCCGCUCAGUGCUGACACGGCCUCGGUUUCGCUGUUACCUGUGCAAGCUGCACACCUUCCUCUCACUGUCCGGCCCCCACCUGGGCACACUGUACAACAACAGCACCCUGGUCAGCACAGGUCUGUGGCUAAUGCAGAAACUGAAGAAAUCUGGAUCACUGUUACAGCUCACUUUCAGAGAUCAUCCAGACCCCCGGAAAACAUUCCUCUAUCUAUUAAGUCAGAAACCAGGGCUCCAGUUCUUUAAGAACGUGGUGCUGGUGGCGUCUCCGCAGGACCGAUAUGUUCCGUUCCACUCGGCUCGGAUAGAGAUGUGCAGGACCGCUCUCAAAGACAGAACCACGGGCCCGGUAUACACCGAAAUGAUAAACAACCUGCUUCAGCCGUUGGUGGAUGCCAAGGACUGCCGACUCAUCCGUCAGAAUGUUUUCCAUGCCCUGCCCAACACGGCCAACACCCUGAUCGGCCGUGCAGCUCACAUUGCGGUGCUGGACUCCGAGCUUUUCCUGGAGAAGUUCUUCCUGGUCACAGGACUGGACUAUUUCAAGUAGCUUUUUCCCCUCUCUAAAUGGGAACCGAGGGCACUGCUGGAGAAACAGUUUAACCCUGUCAAGGUAUUACUUCAAAAGCAUCUUAAUGCUCUAGGAAAAUUCAUCAUUUUCAGUUGUUGAAUUUUACUUGAAAAACAUAAUACAAAAGAUGCCCGGGAUUGACGGCUUGGAUCAAUCCCAGUUAUACAUUUUGUAAAUCAUAGACUUAUUUUAAGUCCUACAGGUUAAGAAUUAAUCUGUGAAAAUAUUUUAUUGUAAAAUGAAGAAAACAAAUCUUUUUUCCAGGAAAAAAUGAUAUCAUCCAAACAUUAUUUUUAUUGAGUCAUGUUCAAAAGUAAAUGUAUGCUUCAUAUAUAGUGCAUAUGUACUGUACUUUGUACUCUUAUCACAAGCAGGCCAAAUCAGUAAAAGAUUUUUAGCUAUAUAUAAAACACAUAUAUACUCUGCAUACUUCAAGUAUAUUAUAAUAUUGCAAACUGUAGCUGUAGAGUAUGUGUAUGAAUAUUAGGUGUUGAAAAUAUGUUUUUGUUUAAAACAUUUUGACCCAAAAAUGCCUUACAUUUCUAAAAAGGCUUAAUGUAACGGAGUGCAUAUAUAUAUAUAUAUAUAUAUAUAUAUAUAUAUAUAUAUAUAUAGUUAUAAAAGAGAAGAAACAUCUGACAAAGGUAAAGUAAAAAGGCAAAGAUCAAAGUAUUUUAUGUUCUGGUCUUUCCUGUGUGUCAAUUUUCAUUUGCACAUUUCUGCUGAAACAAUUAUGGACCUAAGAUUUCUGUAUUAAUCAACAAGCAAAAGAGUUCAUUUUUGUGUAAUGAUGUAAUUAGGUUGUGUUUUUCAUGUACAACUUUGCACGAUAUAUCAAACGCGAAUGUUUGUCUUUUAACUUUUAACACAAGGUCAUUGGCUUUUACCAACAAAUUUUUAAAUCUUAACUAUUUCAUUUCAUUCUAAAUAUCGGUUUCUGUUGGAUGCUAUGGUCACACUCAAAACUUGCAUUUUGUGCCGCAGUGCAUCUUUUUGUGUCAUCAUUGCGUUCACAAAAGGUGACAUCCCAGAGUGCUCUUUUUGUUUAGAUCCCUCCUUUCAUGUUUGCUCUAACCCUGCAUGGUAAGCAAAGUGUCACUGUGAUUGACUUAAAUGAAAUCGCUCCCUUUAGAAUUUUCCAAUCGGUCACAGGGCACUUAAGCUGUGUAAGCAGUCAUUGAACCGUGAGACAGCAUAGAUCAUUUCCCAAUGGCUGCCGGGAAAAGUUUAUUUAUUUAUUUAUUUUUUGUUUGCUCGUCUUGUUUCAUAAAGCGAUGAUCUGUGGAAAUAAUUAUGAUUAAGAGGACUUGUAUGCAGAUAUAUCAUAAUCACAGAAAUUACCAAGGAGAACUGUAGAUCUAAAAAUAUGCUUUUCAGGUGUAACGGUUCUACGUGGGUUAUGAACAUGUUUCCUGGAACAUUUUGUAUUCUACAUCUUCGAGAUGUAUAUUUAAAAGAAACUUUUUUAACAAAAGAAUAUAGUGGAAAAUGCAUGUUUUUAAAUUUAAAUCAAACUAGCUACCCAGCCGUGGCAUAUUAAUAUUGCCACAUUUAUAUUUUGUAUUCAUAUUAAUGUUAAAGUUAAUGGCAUGUAACUAAUUCACUGAUCUGGGUGGCUUUGAAAUAUAAUUUGUUAAAUUGUGUGAAAAAUGGAAAAGUAUUACCUAAUGUAUGAUGCCAUAAUUGCUGGGGACUUAACAGCUAUGAAAAGUGCUAUAUCCUUGUCAGCUUUAUGAUAGUAAAUUGCCAGUGCUGUUAUGUAGCAGGAGGACUAAAUCUAAGAGCUGCACUGAUAUAUGGAGAGCAUCCAGUCAGAACAAGGAAUUCUCAUUCUCCUUUGUGAAUCUCUGGGGCAAAGUUUCUAGAGCAAAGCUAUAACUAUAACAUUCUCCUCAGAGCAGAUCAGCAAUGUCACAAGUUGGUGCCAUGGAUCAAGGCCAAACAGUCUUAUUUUAUAUCUCUAAUCUCAUGCCAGCUUUUUACAAGCAAUGAACUAACCUCCUUUUACAUCUGUUUUUAAAGAGUAUUUUGAUUUUCCAUUGUGUGUGUAUUUGUGUGUUUUUGAGUGUGUGUGUGUGUGUGUGCGCGUGCGUGUGCGUGUUUGGGUGGGGGAGAGUGGAUAAUGUGUCUUUGCUCUACCCAGGCAGCUUAACUUGUCAUAAAAAUGCACUGUUUGUCAAGUAAUUAAAUCUAAGCUGCAUUGUAUUCCCACUGUCUGCUUUGAAGUAUUGUGUUAACAUUUGACAGUCCCAAAUGUAAAUCAGUAAUGAAUGUAAAAAGACAAAAGUUUGAAUUCACUGUGAGAUUGUAACAUGUAUUUAUUUAUUUAUUUUGAUUACAGAGUUAUCUCUAUAUAGAAAUUCAUCCGUGCCAAUAUUAUACUAUUUUUCUAUGUUUGCUUAUUGUGUGUGUUUGUUGUUGUAGCUUGUAUCCAUGUAUAAAGAUCUAUACAGUAUAUUAUGAUUGAUAAUAUUGAACAUAUAUAUAUAUAUAAUAAAACUUAUAGUUCUCCUUUU